AGUAGUGGCAGUAGCGCUCUCGGGCAGUGCGCGCGCGCGCGGUAGCUAUCUUUGCUCUGCUUGCUUGCCAUGGCCGAUCAGCACCGGGGCGGGAUGGGGGGCGGCGGCGGGGGCUACGGCGACCUGCACCGCGGUGGCGGCGAGACGCAGCAGAGGCAGGGCGCCAUGAUGACGGCCCUGAAGGCGGCGACGGCCGCGACCGCCGGCGGGUCGAUGCUGGUGCUGUCCGGGCUGAUCCUGGCCGGCACCGUGAUCGCGCUCACGGUGGCGACCCCCGUGCUGGUGAUCUUCAGCCCGGUGCUGGUGCCGGCGGCCAUCGCGCUGGCGCUCAUGGCCGCCGGGUUCGUCACCUCCGGCGGCCUCGGCGUGGCCGCGCUGUCCGUGUUCUCGUGGAUGUACAAGUACCUGACGGGCAAGCACCCGCCGGGCGCCGACCAGCUGGACCACGCCAAGGCGCGGCUGGCGUCCAAGGCCCGCGACAUCAAGGAUGCGGCGCAGCACCGCAUCGACCAGGCCCAGGGGUCUUGAAAAAAGCAUAAUAUGCAAGCGGAUCGCGCGUGUCCUAGGCCUGCGUGUCCGGUGCGUGGCGGCGGCGGCGGUGCACGACCACCGCCGGCGCGUCAUGGCCUACGGAAGCCGCCGCUGCAGCGUCUGGGGUCGCCGCGCUAGCUAGCUAGCUAGUUGUGAUAUGUUGUGCUUUGUAUGUGCAUGUGUCCGAGGGGCUUUGCCGUGUAGUAAGUGCGUUUCUUGAUCGGAGUGGCGGGUCGGAUGUACUGAGUUUGGAUGUCAUGUGUUUAUAAUGAGGAAUAAAAAGACGCAGCGUUCAGGACU